CCAUUUUGAAUUACUAUAUGUUUAUAUAUUAUAUAAUAAUAUUUGGGAUUCUUUUCAUAAAAUCUGAACAUUCAAUUUCUAAACAUAACACUUUGUAUUUAACGUAAAUUAGUCAAAGAAAUACAGCCCCAAUUUUACAGUUCAUCUGUUAGAUGUUCACUGGAAGGAUUAAAUAUAUUUUUGUAUGAAUAGAAUAACAUUUUAUUAUUGGACAUAUGAUAUAAUCUACCUGAGGGGGAAAAAUGCAGGGUUAGAAAGAAAACAAGUGAGAGCUACUGUAACAUGUAUUUGUUGUCUUAGAAGAUACAGGGUCUUACCAGGGAGACCUGCACAGUUUGUCGAAAGAUAGUAUAUCCCAUGGAAAGUCUAGCAGCCGACAAGCAAAUCUUUCAUAAGUCCUGUUUCCGCUGCCACCACUGCAACAAUAAAUUAAGUCUUGGAAAUUAUGCAUCGCUCCAUGGACAAAUGUACUGCAAACCUCAUUUUAAGCAGCUUUUCAAAUCCAAAGGCAACUAUGAUGAAGGUUUUGGGCACAUACCAUGCAAAGGAGGCCAGAUAAAUAACAGCCAAACCAACUUCUCUGCUAAUAAAAUUUCUCCAGCCAAUAAGGCAAGGGCAGGAUGCACUAAAAUGAAGGAAAAGAAAACCAUUAGCAAUGAGGUUUAUCAGCUGGAUGAUUCAAAUGAUGUACAGCAACAGAGCAAGAAUACAGAGGAACAAUUGAACAACUUGCCUGAUCAGAUCAAAAAGACUACAGAGAGAAAUAAGUUAAAUAUCAACUGGCCACCUUCUAUUGAAGAAAAUAAGAAAACCUUCAGUGUAGAAGAGGAGGUGAAAGUGACAAAGCCAAAAUGGCCUCCAGAAGGUUCCAGUCAGCAAACAUUGAAUUCUCAAGUAACUGAGUGUGAGGAAACUACAGAACCAUUAGUCAACACACUGCAAUCACACACCAAAACAGUGGAAAAAGCAGAAAACAUCUUAUAUAAUGAACAUUCUGACACUGAAAAUGUUGAGAAGGCAGAUAUUGAAGCACAGUUUGAAAUAGGAGGUAAAGAGAAUGUGGAGGUAGAACUGAAUGAUGGAAACAAUACAAAUGAAGUAUGUGUAAAUGGAAUGUGUGACAUGUUUAAUGAAGUUACAGCAAAGGAUUCAGAAGACUUUGAAGGAAAUAUGGUUGAGCCUGAAGAGACAAUGAAAUCCUUGGCUAUCGUUGGUACUGAAAGUGAAAAUUACCUUGAAGACCUAAAUUCCAAUAACAACAACAAUAAGGAUGUGCAGCAAUUAGAUUUUCUGCAAUUUGAUAGCCCAAUUGAAGAAUCUUCAACAAUCGAUUUUCUUCCAGAUCAAGUUGCAGUAAAUCAAUUCAAACAUCCGUGUAACAAAAUUUCAACAGAAGAAUUAGAUGAGAACAUCUCAGUAGAUCUAGUCGGUCAAAUUGAUGCAAGAUUUUCACACUUUUCUGAUGGUAAACAAUUGGUAACUAGCUCUAAGCAAGAUGCUGAUACUGUUAAUUUAACCAGUGAAACACUUGCAGAGAGCUAUUUGAACCCAUUAAAGCAACCUGAAAAGAAAGGGACAAAAUCUCUGAAUGAAACUGUUAAUGGAACAAACAGUAAGCAAAAUGAUGCUGAAUAUCAUUUCUCAUCUGCGGAUCAGAAUUCAGGAGAAGACAGCUUCCUUAAUGUCAGUCAAACAGAGUCUUCAGAGAUUAAGUGUGUUAGUAGCCAAAAGGAUUAUACUUUAUUUUGUGAUUUUUUGGAUACUGACAUUGAACCAAAUACAAUGGUGAGGAAUACACUGCCUUAUGGCAGUCUUAGCUCAGGACGUUUGAUGGAACCGUUAUCCAAUACCAGCCACUUAGAAAAUGGGACUCUUCUACUUACAGUUGAAGAACAAAUCAAGAGAAAUAGAUGUUACGAUGAAGAUGAAUAAGAAACAAUAAGGUUUUAAGUAACACUGUGGUUUAAUUUUUGAUGGUAUAUUCAUGUCUGAUACAUUAAUUUUGAUUUUGGUUAUUUCUCACAUUAAGUCUUUGAUAUUUUCAAAUAUAGACAAAAUCAUAAUUCUUCAUUAUGCAGAUUCAGUAUACAGAUUCAUGGAGUGAUGCAUCAUUACAUUUUCAAUACAAUUGGAAUAGAUAGGCCAUGUGCAACAUUUUAUUUUCUAACAUACUGUUGAUUUUAAGGUUGUUUGAUGAAUUUAUCUCUCUUGGUGUACAGACCAGUUUUAAUUUGAGUAAAGCACCUGGAGUGCUUUGAGACUUAAGGUCAUUUUGUUGACAGAGCUGUUGCUCGUAAUUGUCACAACUUUGUUAAUUUCAUUGAAAUCAAAUUUUCUUUUAAUAGCUAUAUGCAGAUCUAAAAUAGUCAAUGUAAAGAAGCCACAAUUUGUUUUGCUGCUUCAUGAUUAUACACUUGCAAAAGCAGUUCACUUAAAUGAUGGAUUUUGUUUGCUUCUAUAUACUUAUUUUAGCUCUUUAUUAGCAAAUUAUAACCAUGCUUUUAUGACUGAUUUUUAUGCAUAAUAAAAAGCUAUAUUCAUA